AUGACAAUUACCACGGAUGCGGACAGUUCAGAGGAUGUCAAUGACUUCCUCCUGCGGAUUCGGGAGUUAGGCGAGAAACGUGAUAAGGAGGACGAGGAACGGACCAAGAAGUUGGAGGAGGAGAUCAUGCAGAGUCGCAAGGAGAGGCAGGCUCGAAGAGCUGAGCGAGCGCGGUCAAUUUCGCCAACGAAGGACUCCCCCAUAUUGGAAUCCGCUCGGUUGAGCAUUUCUUCCCUCAGCCAGCGUGCGAUCGACCCUCCAGAACAACUCUCACCCACACCUCGGACACCUGAACAUGCCACAGGCGCCAGAUCUGACCCCUUUCGAGACGACGUGUCAAUCGUUACGGAUGGCGAUCUGGAAGGGUCAAAACUAGACGGGAGGGAGAUUGCAUCCUCACCGAAAGCAACUACUACUUCACCUCUUGCACGCAGUAGAGCAGGGACCCUGUCCUGGCAACAACGGCCGUCGUCUCGAGAUCUGAGCGGCAAUAGAUCGUUUUUCCCUCCCUCUCCCACGCGCUCCCCGACCCGUCUCAAUCGCCUGAGUGGCUUGUCUAAUUUCUCGAACGAUGAUCACAAAAACCUUCGCAGUCCGCUGACGCUUUCGCCUUCCUCUAAGGAUAUUCCCACCACCCAGACAACAAGGGCGGAGGAAUCUCCCGACUCAAUCACUAGAGAGAUUGCCAAGGAAAAGCCGGGCGCUGAAAUGCCCGGUCAGGGCUCAAUCCCAAUAAACGACGAAGGCACCGAAACGAAUCCAGGAGCACCUGCUGAGCACGAGAAGCAGAACUCACAACCGGAAGUCGGAGAAGAAAGAUCGCGUUCCCCAUCCAGGGCAAGCUCGACUUUUGGGGAUAGCAGUUUGGGACAUCGAUACUCGAGCGUAUCUUCUGUCUCGACGGCAACUGGACUCGGAUCUCCCGUACCUCUGUCAAGCGUACAAAAAUUCGAGCCCGAGCAGGUCGCGGCACCUCCCUCCCCGAGGCGGCUUUCCCCCGAGCGUUCACGUUCGACGUCGCCGACAAAAGGUCUCGGAGGCUUUGUGCAGAGCGCCAUGAUGAAGCGAUCAGAUAGUGUCUCGAAGCGAUGGAGUGCACAGUUACCCUCGGGACUAAGCCGAGGCAAUUCUUUUGCCAGCAACCGCAAUAGCAUUGCUGGCCCAGCCUAUGGCGAUAUGCAUGCUCCUGCAUCUCCGUCGAGGCUUGGCCGCGAGGACUCGUUCCUUGCGUCCAAGAGACCCGGUUCCAGCCACAGCGAGGCAACAAUCGUCCAUAAUGCCAAGGAGAGUGAAAGGCCGGUAACGCCGCCAAUGGUGAACAAGGUGGAGACCGACGAAGCUACCGCCAGACCUACGCUUCACAUGAGAGCCCCCAGUGCAUUAAGCAAAAAUGGACAAGACUCCUACUCGAAUUCGUCGCCUUCAGCGAGCCCGGCAGUCUCGAGGACUAUGGAUCCCAGACGCUGGAGUCCCACAAAAUCGACAUGGCUGGAGAGUGCUCUUAAUCGACCUGACUCACCGAAGCACAAAAGGCAGCCCUCACAGCAAACAUGGGCGAAAGAUCGACAAUCAAGGGCAAGUGUCGACCUGGGCCGUUUGAAUAGCUUCAAGGAAGUCACUACGGUCGGUCUCAUGCGCUCAGCUGCACCUGGUAGUCACUAUAAGACCUCAAGUGUUUCUGGGAUCCCAGAUCUACCAAGUAAUCUGGAUAUCAACAAACCCAAGGAAUCCAGGGACAAGCCGUUGUCCCACUCUGAAGAUACCGAAUCCAUGCCUGCAGAGACACCCAGAGUUGAAACUACACCCAAGCUUGAAGCUACACCCAAGGUUGAAGAAGAUACUUGCAAAGCUGUGGAUACGAAGCCUGAAGAUUCCCCUACAAAGCAAGAAGGUGGACCGGAAAGCAAGACCGAGGAUGCUCCAACACGCAAGCGUGCACCUUCCCUUCUAGUACCAAUCAACAAAACUGACAUCAGUCCACCUCUUUCAUCUCCCCGAGACCCUUCAUUGAACAGACCAAAGCCACAAUCUCCUGUGAUAGAUUUCCGAGCCAAUUUGCGAAAGCGAGAAAUUAUCAAAGAUGAAGCACCGAAACAGGAACCGGAGUUCAAGAAUGUGUUUGGCAAAUUAAAGAAAGCUGAGUCUUCGACUUACGUCGCGCCGGAUGAGCUCAAAGAAAAUAUCCUGAAGGGCAAAGCAGCUCUGAAUGCGACAGGCGGCCCUAAGAAGACACCAAAGGUUGAUGAUUUGAAGGAAAGUAUCCUGAAGCAGAAACAGGCAAUCAGAGCGAGUGGAGGCUCACUGAGGCGUAACACGGCCGGAGAAAUUGAUGCUCCUGCGAAAAUGAUUCCAGAAGCAAUUGCGAAACGGAAUAACCUGUCUAAAUCUAGCAGUAGCAGGAGCACCCAUUCUGUUGACGUCUUGACUUCGCCAUCAUCUCAGGACCGCCCAACACCGAAUGGUCUCCCGGAUCACCAGCAGUCGCCUUUGUCCCCGCGUAACGACGAUCAGGCGCAGGAGGCCCAGAGCACGCAGACCGCAACAGCAGUUCCAGAGCCCGAUGAACCGAAAGACCAGGUUGCAGAUUUGGCAUCUUCUGAGGCUGGACAUGUGGAGACCGAGGGCGACGAUUUGGAGGAUCAGUUGACCACAGACACAGCGGUCACCGCAGAGAACACUUCGGAGAUGAGGGACGAGCAGAUUGAAGAGGCCAUCAAACCGGUGCGUGCUCUGCCAUCGGGGACUGUUGCGGAGGCUGCAGAAGCGCCUGCUGCUACUGAAGGUCUCGCUACUAAAGGUCGACUCGUAGGCCGAAUAAACCCUGCCUUGGCGGGACUUUUGUCUCGCGGCCCUCCUAUUAUCAGUGGGAGCUCAAACAAGCACUUGUCGACAAACUCAAUGUGGGAAGGUAGCUCCGAAUUUGCUGACAGUCAACCUGCUGCACCUCUUACCCAUAUGACGAAGAACCGUGCGAGGGGCCCAAAAAGGCGCCUACCCAAGCUUGCGGCCACGGAAUCAACGACGUCGCUGCUCAAGGAUGCUGCCACCGUUCCAGAGAACAAUAUCUCUUCAUCUGAUACCCAUGAAAUGGUAUUGAGGCCAUCAUCCAGCCAAGAUAUAGCGAAGACCUCUGUCGGUUGGCCACUCCCUGACGCUGAAACAACUGGCACCAUAGUCUCUGAGGCGACCCUGCCUCCGCUGACUUAUUCAUCCUCCGAAAAACCAGCCGAAUUCAAGCGAACCAUACCGCAUCUGAUAGAGCGUAGACUCCAGCAAAAGCUCGCAUACCGGGGCUCCAAGUCUUCGAUGGACUUGAAACCUUCGCCUCUCCCCAAGGACGAUUUUGAGGACAUCGAAAAUCUUGGAGACUCUCCCUCGAGAAGACCGACUCUACCGCCAAAGCCAACAACUCCGCAGAAAGCCCCAAACAGCUUUGCAUCUGGUGGUUUGAUCGAUCUAAACUCUCGAGAAAAAGCAUUGCCUUCUCCUCCUGUUCCUUCUAAAUGGAGCAAAAUCUCUGCCGACCAACACUCCUUAUCGACGAGAUCAUCAGUGUCUUUGGUACCCCAGGCCGAGGAAUCUCUUGAGGUUAUUUCGGGCUUUUUCAAAUCUUUGCCAAAUUCAAACGACCGCGUGAAUAUUGACACGCAAUUGAUGCUUACUAGCAAGUCCGACGAUCUCAGAAUUAGAACUCUGAAGAGGCAACUUUGGGAAAUUACUGGUGAUGGGAAGAGGCAGGACCUUCCUGUUAACCAUGAAUACAUUCUCUACGAAGGAAGUAUGUACCUGUGCGUACAUGUUUUUGAGUCGGAAGGAAUUGCACGCUCUGAAACCCACCUUUGGUGCGGUGAUGAUGUGAGUGAUGCGGCCAUGGACGAUGCGCAGCCAUUCUCCCGCAAAGUCGCCAGGGAAAACGGCUGCAAGCUAGAGAUUAUCAAGCAAGGCAAAGAGACUUCCAGAUUUAUACAAGCCCUUGGUGGGAUCCUCAUCACCCGCCGUGGGGCUAACUCUCGCUCCAGCUCUUCUGCCAUCUUUAUGCUCUGCGGACGAAAGCACCUUGGUCAAAUGGUGUUUGACGAGGUCAACUUCUCAAGAAGCAAUCUUUGCUCUGGCUUCUCUUAUGUAAUCUCUGCCAUGUUUGGCAAAUUAUACCUGUGGAAGGGCAAAGGAAGUACUGCUGAGGAAAUUGGCGCCGCCCGCCUCAUUGGCAUGGAUCUCGGUCUGACGGGCGAAUUCGAAGAGGUGGCCGAAGGGGAAGAACCCGAAAGCUUUUUCGAGGUUUUCUCGCACCACCGAGAGGCCGAGGAGUACAUGCGCUCAGAUUACUGGCGGCUGAAACCGAACCAUGACCAUUAUCGCCUGAGAUUGUUCCGAGUAGACCACGAGCUGGGUCAGCGAACGGGCGGUUUCUGGCUUCGAAGACGGUCGGGGUCAGCUUCCCCUGUGAUUCGACCAAAUGACACUGUUCAGGAAAUUGUGCCAUUCUGCCAGAGAGACAUCACGGCCAAAGGAAUCUACAUCCUGGAUACCUUCUUUGAGAUCUAUGUUAUUGUUGGUGAACAAGCGUCUCAACGACCUGCCGAAUUCGCAUCAGCAGUAGUGUUUGCGCACGAGUAUGGCAUUCUGGCUGCUUCCCUCCAGGAUCGACCAUUUAUUCCCAACAGCCUUGUCUCCAUCGGAGGACUUCCCGAGUCGUGUCGCAGUGCAUUUCGCAAAUGGGGCAAGCCUUCUGGACAAAUGCGUCCGCGAGUGUUUCCUCUAAACGCGGCAAUUGAGUCUAUUCGCUCUUGA